AUGCCGCCCCUCUCAGGAUUUUCCGACAAUCCGUUUUGCGAUCGAAAGGAUGUCUUGGUCGCAACUCAAGCUCUCGUUGCCGCGUUGAGGCCAUACUUUUCCCCAGGGAAGGCUCGUGUCCAGCUACCUGUUUACUCCGGUGCUCACUUUGACGAAGCCGCGGCACAGCUCGAAGGCUUCGCACGACCAAUAUGGGCCAUAGCUGCAGCCGUUGCAAAUCCCGCCAACAAAAUUACUGCAGAAAUUGCCGACUAUUGUGAUCGAUUGGUGACUGGCCUUGCAAACGGAGUCAACCCCGAACAUCCUGAAUACUGGGGUGCAGCAGGAGAUUGGGACCAGCGCAUGGUUGAGGCGGAGCCAAUUUCAUUUGCGCUUCUGAUCGCUCCAAAGACAUUCUACGAGCCUUUGUCGCCAACCAGCCGGCGGCAUCUAUCGGAUUGGCUCUCUGGCCUGAACGGCAAGGUCAUGCCCGUGAACAACUGGAGGUGGUUUCGGGUAUUUUCAAACCUUGCCUUGUGCCGAGUGUGCGGCGUGUCUUUUGAAGAUGUCAGAGACUACAUAAAUACCGAUUUUGCAGUACUUGAUCGAUUUGAGAUUGGUGAUGGCUGGUCCGCUGAUGGCGUAUGGAGAGUGGACGAUUCUCCGGAACAGGAAGCCUACAGCAGACAAGCGGACUAUUAUUCAGGAAGUUUUGCAAUUCAGUUCAGCCAGCUACUAUAUUGCAUAAUAGCCGCAGAAACAGAUCAUGAUCGCGUCCUUCGUUAUCGUCAACAAGCAAAAGACUUUGCUCAGCAAUUUUGGCGCUUUUUCGAUCAAGACGGCGCUGCGAUUCCGUUCGGUCGCUCUCUGACUUAUCGAUUUGCAAUGGGUGCCUUUUAUUCGACAUUUGCCCUGGCAAAAUGCUGCGACUCAGACACAUACACUUCCUUGGGCUUUGUCAAGGGGAUGCUUUUUCGUCAUUUAAGAUGGUGGGCAAGACACUCGAGUGAUAUUUUUGCCACGGAUGGGACCUUGAAUAUUGGCUACACUUAUCCGAACAUGUUCAUGUGCGAAGACUACAAUUCACCCCAGUCACCUUACUGGGCUAUGAAAUCAUUCGUGAUACUGGCACUACAAGACGACGAUAAAUUUUGGACAGAGCCUGAAACUUCUCAUCCAAUGACUGCUUCGAAUACUGGCUCACCUACUGCUGGUGUUGAAUUGGUCUAUCCACCACGUCAAAUACUUUGCAAUCACCCAAACGGUCAACACCAUUUUAUGCUUUCUGGCGGUCAAUCCUGUCACUGGCCUCUGAAAGCGACAAAAGCAAAGUACUCCAAGUUUGCAUAUUCAUCCGCCUUUGGCUUCAGUGUUCCGACUGGAGAACUGUUGACCCAGAUCGCUCCGGAUAGUACUCUCGCUCUUAGUCGAGAUGCAGGAGAAUCAUGGACUACGCGAUGGGCGACAAUUGGCAGUCCUUGGGUCAUCACUCUAUUCUUUGGCGGUGCCGAGAUUCAAUGUCUUCAAAGUGUAUGGAGACCGUGGAAAGGUGGUGAUAUCGAGAUUCAAACGACUCUUAUUCCCCCGUCUGAUUGCCAUCCAGACUGGCACAUCAGAAUUCAUCGUAUUAGGAAUGUUAACACAGAAUCCACGGACCCGGACCCCAUCAAGUUGAAGAUUGUUGAAGGAGGAUUUUCAGUACAGGGAAAGCGACCGAGGCAGAUGUCGCAGUUAGCGGAAGACUGGGGGAACGCUUCUCGGCAUGGAGGAGUGUCGGAAGGCACUGUCAGCUCCCUCGUCUUCAGUGAUGCCGGCAUCUGUGGCGUGAAGAAUCUUUUCCGGGAAGGCGCUGGCACUUCCGAGGGCAAGAUCUUGAAGUUGGAUCCGAAUACAAAUCUGAUGGAGCCAAGGACAUUGUUACCAACAGUUCAACAUGAUACCGAUAUUCCUCCAGGGUUUAAGGUCACCAUUGCUUCAGGGGUCUUUGCGAUCUCGAAGGGUGCGAAAGGCUUGGCCCGGGAAGAGCUUCGCGAAAGAUGGUUACGACACCCUACUAUUGAAUCGGAGCUAGGGCGAUUAAUUGAGCAGAAUAAUUGA